AUGUCGCAUGCCUUCUUCUCGGAUAUCAAUUCUAUGAGGAUUGGGAUCGUCGUUCGUGACCAUGAGGGUCACUUUGUUGCUGGUAAAUCUAUGCGAGUUUCGGGGCUUCGUAGGGUGGAUGAAGGCGAGCUCAUGGGUAUCAAGGAGGUGCUUUCCUGGCUAAAGGAACUUGGUUUUUCUCGUGGUUGGGUGGAGUCCGAUUGCAAGCGUGCUUGUGAGGCGAUAUGUUCGGGUGAGAGGAAUAUUUCUGAGAUGGGCGUAUUGGCUACCUUUUGCCGAGAGGAAUUGUCGUUGCUGCCGGAUAUUCACGUCAAUCAUUUUAAUGUCCCAUAUCUUCGUCGCGACACUAUAGACCAGACGGAGGUUGCUAUCAGCACCUACUAUAGGGAUUCACAUUUUCCGGAGCUGGUUGAAACUUUAAAUGUGGUCGGCGAACAGUGCAAUUCAGAUUUAUUGGGAAGAUUUAGAGCAUCAUGUUUUGGGCAUUUCACUGAUUGGAGGCCCGGCGCGAAGAGCAAUAAAGCAUUACACCAGAUUGUAUCGAGGCAGAUUGUGUCAGAAGAAAAUGAGAUGUGCUUCUUUCUGUGCGGAGCACGAGUCAGAUUUUCCCCUGCGGACUACGCAUUAGUGACUGGGCUCAAUUUCGGGGGAUCGAGGUUCGAUGCGACAUUACAGCACGACUGCAGUCGCGUGGAGGCAUACCGACGAUUCUGCGGUACGCGAAGCAUGACCAUACAGUCGCUCAUCAAACGCGUGUGCGAUUUGGAUCGUCGAGUGGAUGAUGAGGAUGGGAGCCUGUACCUUCGUGCUGUCCUCGUGUGUGUGGCUCACACCCUUGUUCUUGGGUUGGAUGCGCGGGUACAGCCGUGGCUUUGGGUUUUGGUGGAUGAUCUGGCUGCGUUUGAUAGAUUCCCCUGGGGCGCGUAUUCGUAUAAGAUGUUAUGCCAUUAUACGACAGAUGUAGGAACUGGCGAGAAAUAUCACUUCUACGGUCCUUCGUGGGCUUUAUAUGUCUGGGCAUUGGAGCGCGUCCCGGGCUUCGGACACAUGGUCGCAGCAUCUAGCGGUGAUCCGACAGCGCACCCUCGGUGUUUGAGAUGGACUUUCAGGGGUAAGCCGAAGCUUCACGGUCUGCGCGAUCUAUUCGAGGGACAGGGUGGUGUCAUGCCCCUGGAGCCCGAUGCUGACGAUCUGUCGAGUCACUACUUCAUAUCAGCGCUGACACCGGGCGAACUCUCGGUGAGCUUCAGGCCCCCCGACAACCCAUUAGCUCGGGGUGUCCAAUUUCCACAGGGCACCGGAGCCCGUGUUGUGGAGGAGCGCGGGGACGAGGAGGAUGUACCUAGACAGCCUCGUACGACUCGCAGUCACAGUGUCCGGGGCCCUGUGAGGGAUGCUCGACAGCACGAGCCGGCUCGUCAUUCAGUAGAUCCGGGCAAGCGCCCUGUGAGGGAUGCUCGACCCCACGAGCCGGCUCGUCAUUCAGUAGAUCCGGGCAAGCGCCCAGCGCCGCAAACUUCUUCAUCGUCGAGCGGAUCUCGGACUGUAUCCAGUCCCAGCGAGGGUGAGCUGGAUCGUAAGUGGGUGAAGAAGACGAUCCGUCAGGAGAUUAAGAAGGCCUUCGGCAAAUUCGUGGAGAAACUGAAGAGCAAGGGUAAAAAGGAUAGGUGCAAGAAGAGCAAACAUUUCCGAGUGCCCGACUCCCCUGAUGAUGAUGACCAGCGACGGUCCCCUGAUGAUUACCAGCCACGGUCUCCUCCACAGCGACGGUCUCCUCCACCCAGUGCUUCAGGGCCCGACGCUUCAGGGCCAAGCGUUUCACGUUCCUGCGACGACGACCCCCGCGGUGAGGAACCACGCCAUCCAGAGACCCAGGAUUACAACGAGCAGUGACGGGCCAUGAAUCAGUCUGUUCAGGGCGACUACACACCGGCGGAGCAGACUUUUGACUGGUCGACCCAGGUCUACCCUCAUUGGUCUUCCCCAUUCCUGAAGCCGCAGUAUAGAACAGAGACCCCGAUAUUCUUUGCUGAACCGCUCACUUCUAUUGCACCACAUGAGUGGGGACAGUCCAGUUCGGCAGGACAGGCUCAGACGGAGGAGCCUGAGCCACAGGCAGAGCAGCCACAGGUACUGCUGCUGCAGCACCUAGAGCAGCCGCCGGCAGAGCAGCCGCCAGCAGAGCAGCCGCCAGCAGAGCCCCCGCGUCGCAGUCAGAGGGUGAGGCGUCCGUCUAACUA